AUGGCUGCAGCAUUGAUUCUUUCAGGGUUAGCCCUGGCUGGAGUGGUCCAAGCCCACAUUGCGGCUUUUGCUAAGGGCAUGUACUGCGAGAACGGUACAGACCCUUCAAACCCGAAUUUCAACUCCAACUCCCCGGUGUCACCGUUGUAUAACCUUACCCAGGACCACUGGUGGUUCCAACACGAUCGAGGAUGUGAUGCUGUUCCACCACCUCCUGGGGUCUUCCUCGAGUUGCCGGCCGGCGGCUCCUUCGACGUCGAUCUUGCGAACAACCAAGCAUUCUCCAAUCUGUCCUAUGGGGGCUCGAAGACUUCGGAAUGGCCGGAUGGUGGCACGCACCCAGAGGACUGGAACGGUGGCGGUGUGGGUGAGGGAUGUAUCCAAGACGGCGGUUACAUGCAUGUGCAGAACCAGAGCAUGGCUCAAGGAACUGCGUUUGCUAUUGCAUAUGAAAGUGAUCUUGCCGCCAUCACAUUGGAAGACUUGGUUGUGUUUACUGUGCUUGAGCACACUCCCUGGAAACGGGCAGCAACCUACCAGGUUCCAGCGGCAAUGCCCGCAUGCCCGGAGGGCGGAUGUACUUGUGCUUGGCUUUGGGUGCCGAAGGGAUGUGGUCAGCCCAACAUCUAUAUGCAGGGCUUCAAAUGCAUGGUCACGGGGGCUACGUCCACCAUUCCUCUAGCAAAGGCCCAAGCACCCGUAAUGUGUGACACCGACCCUUCCAAAUGCGUCAAAGGAGCAAAGCAAAUGAUCGUGUGGAAUCAACUCACCGGAAACAAUGUCGUGACAACCGGUUUACAAACGCCCGCUUACAAUACACGCAACGGUUUCACGCCAGGCCCGCAGGAUGAUAUCUUUGAAGGCGCUCCUUCUGCGCCAGUAGGACCGGCAUCCUCCUCUACGACUGCUUCCAGCUCGGUCUUCAUCUCUGCUACUGCGCCUGCAGAGACACAAGUGCGAUCCCUCUCUUGGACGACUAGCACUGUUAGCACCUCCGGCUCUGGAUCGUCAUCCAUGGCCCUUUCGACCACGACCUUCUUCCUCUCACCAUCGUCGACGACCUUGGCGACAAUUGUAAAGCCAGCCUCCACGACAAGCGACGUUGCCUCUGUUCCCGUUGCGCCAGUGUCCUCCAGCAGCAUAAGCCCUGAGACAGUGACCGUUAGUGUGACGGUCACUGUUUCUGCUUCUGGUUCAACGCCUACGGGUUUGCGACACUUCAAGGGAUGCUGGGUGGAGGAAGACGAGGAAGUGGAUGGCUGA